GUGUUUGAUAAUACAAUGGGUGUUAAAGUAUUUUAUAUAUAUGUAGAAUGGAUGAUAACGCGCUUAAUGAUUAGAUAGUCCUGAAAUAAUAGGUUCAAAGGCAAAGGUAUAUAGAUUCGAUCAUUGCAUUAUGAUAUUGCUCAUUACUAUUUUGACUUUUGAUCUUUGUGUCAUGCGCUCCAGAACAUUGCCGCGGAUGGAUGACUAAGAGAAAGCUGCUUUCUGCUCACUAUUUCUAUAACAUUGGAAGAGUGUGGUGUAUAGUGUGUAGUAGCUCUCUGUGCGAAGGAUAUAUUCGUCGGUGUGCGUUUUCUUUGUUUUGUUUUUUCUCUUCUCCGGGGAAUUAAACUGGUCUUAGUAUGAGAAUAUGCGGAUCCAUUCAACAAUGAAAACAGUAUUGGUAUUAGGAUUGGCUGUGUGCCUGUGGACGGCGAUCGUGGCGCAGGAGGAGGACGAAAAUUUCGAAAGAUUAUCGUCGGAACUGAAGCUGAUUAAAUGGGAUUUGGAGGAUGAAUGCAGCGAUAUCGCAGACAGUAUCAAAGAAUUCCACUUGGACAUCGUUAACAGCCUACACAACAAAAUUGUCAUGGAGACAACACACGCUAAAUUUAUACGCGAGCAGUCUCCUAAGCUGAUGAAGUUCGAGGACAACGUUCACUACGAUCUGGAAAAGACGUGGAAUCUCCUCAUAAAACCUGGUGAUCUACUUCUAUCUAAUGAAGAUUACAAAAAGUUGAGCGAAUUUGCUAAUGCCAAUCUGAUGAGAAAGAAGAACCAAGGAUACUCGAUCGAAAAAAGCAAAGAUGCCGAUAAAUUGGAAGAAAUGUGGAUGGUCAAAUGGGAGAACGUUUCGACGGCCGAAGAGUAUCCAAGCAUCUUGGGGCUGGUCAAUAAAGCAGCGCAAUUGAAUCAGCAGUAUGACGCCAAAAGUUAUUGGGAGAUGCUGACGGAGAUUGAUAACGCUUUUGGUAAAGCCGAGGAAUUGUGGAACGAAAUAGCUCCGCUGCAUGAGAAGUUGAAGAACUUUGUGCUUGUGCGUUUGAAUAAGCACUAUGGUACCAAUUUCACUGAUCAUAUACCAGCUUAUCUAAUUGAGCCUGGAGAUUGGAGUUCGUUAGCUGACAUUGUGUUACCACAUCCGCAGAUGUUGAAUGACGUAAAUACAGAAUUAUUGGAUAAAGGGAUUAGGAAUUCGUUUAAGAGCGCCGAGGGUUUCACGAAAGCCAUCGGUCUCGGUCGUUUUGGAAAGAAGUUCUGGCUGGAGAGCAAGUUUGAUCUGACGGCAUGCGAAAAACGGGCCGUCGGUCUUCAUUUUUGUACAGAUAAUACUGCAGAAGUUUUGACUUGCAACAGAAGUACUUUGGUAUCUCACGUAGGUGCUUACGAAUUGGGUACGGAUCUAAUGGUGAAGCGCAUUGGUUCGCGUCCUUUAAGAAACCUGCGAUACUCUUCGGCCGAAGAAACACUGGUCUCCUUGAGCUCAUUGCUGUCUAUGCAGAAUUUACCGUCGGAUGGUUUACUUGAUGAUAAAUACUUCGAGAAGGAGAUUAACAGGAAGACUGCUCUUCUCCUCACUGCGUUGAAGGUUCUACCCGCUUUGGCGUACUACCGGGCCGCAGAUGUUUGGAGGCUGGAAGAACUGCAGAGUCCGAGCGGCGAUAUCCAAGACAGCUGGUGGAAAAAUAGGGAGCAAUUUGAAGGUGUCAGCAGUUACGGUAACAAAUUUGCUGACUUCUUGGACGAUGAAGAGAUUCUCUAUAAUAAGCCUUACAUUAGUAAAUUUCUUGCUAAAUUUCUUCAAUUCCAAUUGCUGAAUUACUACCAAAUCAAUUUGUUUCAAGACAGCACUAAUGUGGCGAAGAAAUUCCAGAAUGACGCUACGUUCAAAGAUAUGCUCGAAGAUUUACCGAACAGGGAUUCGUUGGAUCUGUUGAGCUACCACUUUUCCAUAGACGAUGUCAGCGCGUAUCCUUUCCAAGAGUUCUUCUACUCUUUGGAGGAAUAUUUGGAUAACGCGCCGUUGCAUCAGGCGCCCAUCGUGAUGACGACGAAAGCGCCUAAGGUUGCAAAGAAGCAUUUGCCUGCAACAACGACGUCAACAACCACGACGACAACGACGACGAAGAAGCCGGAUGCAGUGAAACCAAAUCUGAGUCCAGAUCUUAUCGAAGAGGACAUUAAGCAGGCUACUGGAUCUGGCACUUACAUGGGCGGUUUCCUAGUGACGUGCGCCGUCCUUCUGGUGGUUGGCAUCAUCAUCUGGAAGAUGAAAAAAAGGAAACCAAAUAGGCCGCAGAAUAGACGGGACGAAGUUUGAUACUGUGCGGAGACCAAAGAAAAAGACACUUACUAGUGAUGUGAUGUUGUAAAUUUUAUAUAUAUAUAUAACGACCAACUAAAUUAAUUAAUUAUUUAAUAA